AUGGCACACAAGGGGACACAGGUCUAUAUGAAUGUAUGUGCACCGCACACAAGCGUUGACUCGCAGCCAAGCAUUGCCACCAUUACCAAGACGCCGACUAUGCUUAACAAAACAUGCAAGAUGCCCGUGAUUUUGGGCAAGUCGGUCGACCAAGAUGCGAUAAAAUCAUUUCUGGUGACGCUGCAGCGCAACUGUGACUUGUUCGACAGUUCGAUGCAUCAUGACGCACACGAGUUCCUAAUUUUUACGCUGAAUCGAAUUGGAGAAGACUUGGCCGCGCAGACGAAGCAAAACAAAGGAGAACGAGCAGCGGGUACGCCCUCUGUGGACAAGGAUGCUGUGCCAAGAACCUAUGUACACAGACUGUUCCAAGGUAUCCUUACGAAUGAGACGCGAUGCCUAACGUGCGAAUCUAUCUCCAAUCGCGAUGAAGAGUUUCUUGAUUUGUCCAUUAACGUCGCGCCAUUUACCAGUGUCUCUUCCUGUCUGCGCAAAUUUUCCGAGAGUGAAAUGCUAAGCGGGCGAAACAAAUUUUUCUGCGAUACCUGUGCAAGUUUACAAGAGGCGGAGAAGCGUAUAAAAAUCCGCCAUUUGCCCGAUAUUCUUGCGUUGCACUUAAAGCGGUUCGGUUGGGACGAGGGCGCUCAAGCGUACAUCAAGAAUGCGUGUCGCGUCGUGUUCCCAUUGGACUUGCGCCUCUUUAACGCAUCCAAUCAAGCCAAUAAUCCAGACCGCGAGUACGAGUUGUUUGGGAUUGUCGUCCACGUUGGCGCAGGAGCGCACCAAGGGCAUUACAUUUCUGUCAUUCGAGUUGGGCCCCGCUGGGUCCUCUUUGACGAUGAAUUGGCAGAGACCAUUUCAGAGUCAGAGAUUGCCAAGUUUUACGGCGACUCGCCCGAGACGGGAAGUGCGUAUGUAUUGUUUUAUCGCGCGCUGGAUAUGGACAACAGUGCAGGAAAGUCGCCGUUUGUCCCAAAAAACGGAACAUGUGUUUCCACGCACACUUCCUUCCCGCCGCAUAUUGUGCCGCUUGCGAACAGUCCCUCUCCAGCGCACAAGCCCCCCGAAAUGACCUCCGUUUUGACCACGUCUCCGCUUCUGGACCCGUUGCCCGCCCCCGCACUUGCCGUUUCUGCAGCGCCCAAACCAAUGCUUGUGCAGCCAACGCACGCUGCGGCACGUUCAGACGAGCUGGACGAGCAUACCAUUUCCACACACGAGACACUAUCCGAAGAGGCAAGUAACGAUCGACAUAUGCCGCAAAGCCAAGUCCCGUCAAGGCGUCCUUGGCUUGGGCGCUCGAGAUUCAGCCGCAGGCGUUCAUAA